AUGGGCACCAAUGGCAACACCCGGAAACGCCCAGCGCCGCCAACUCCGGCGCCGGCGACACCGUCACCCCAGCAGAAGCAGCGCACAUCCAUGGAAGAAGAGGAGUUCGAUGAAGACGUGUUCCUCGAGGAAACCCUUCUUCAGUACGAAGAGGAGGACUCGCAGCGCCGCGCCCUCUCCGAGCGUCUGGGGAAGUGGAAACGUCCUGCGCUCUCUUCAUCAUACAUCAAUCAGUCUCAGAACAUUAUAUUUCAACAGUUGGAGAUUGACUAUGUGAUUGGUGAUAGCCACAAAGAAUUGCUGUCAAACUCUUCAGGUCCAGCUGCAAUUAUCAGGAUAUUUGGGGUAACCAAGGAAGGACAUAGUGUUUGCUGUCAUGUACAUGGAUUUGAACCAUAUUUCUACGUCUGUUGUCCUCCUGGAAUGGGCCCCGAUGAUAUCUCUGACUUUCAUCAAGCUCUCGAGGGUAGGAUGAGAGAAGCAAACAGAAACAGCAUGGUUCCAAAAUUUGUUCGGCGUAUUGAACUGGUUCAGAGAAGAAGCAUUAUGUAUUAUCAACAACAGAGUUCUCAGUCCUUCCUUAAGAUUGUUGUGGCAUUGCCAACAAUGGUCACUAGCUGCCGUGGUAUCCUUGAUAGAGGCAUACAAAUUGAUGGACUCGAAGUUCCAGUUGGAAAGUAUAAAAAGACAGCACGCAAUCUCUCCUAUUCCCAAUUAGAGUUUGAUUGCCUCGUUUCGGACUUGAUCAGCCAUGCUCCUGAAGGGGGGUUCUCGAAAAUGGCACCAUUUCGCAUAUUAAGUUUUGACAUUGAGUGUGCUGGUCGUAAAGGCCUUUUUCCUGAGCCCACUCAUGAUCCUGUCAUCCAGGUUGCCAAUCUGGUUACCUUGCAAGGAGAGGAUCAGCCAUUUGUUCGUAAUGUGAUGACCCUCAAGUCCUGCUCACCAAUUGUUGGUGUUGAUGUCAUGUCAUUUGAGACAGAAAAAGAAGUUUUAUUAGCUUGGAGGGAUUUUAUUCGUGAAGUGGACCCAGAUAUUAUAAUUGGUUAUAACAUCUGCAAAUUUGAUUUGCCUUACCUCAUUCAGAGGGCUGAGGUAUUAGGUAUAGCUGAAUUUCCGAUACUUGGACGCAUCAGAAAUAGCAGAGUCCGUGUCAAAGAUACCACUUUUUCAUCCAGACAAUUAGGGACUCGGGAAAGUAAGGAAGUUACGGUGGAAGGGAGAGUUCAAUUUGAUCUGCUUCAGGUAAUGCAGAGGGAUUACAAACUAAGUUCUUAUUCACUAAAUUCUGUGUCAGCACACUUUCUUAACGAGCAGAAAGAGGAUGUCCAUCAUUCAAUAAUAUCUGACCUUCAGAAUGGGAACUCAGAAACUAGGAGGCGUCUUGCUGUUUACUGUUUGAAGGAUGCUUACCUUCCACAACGGCUUUUGGAUAAGUUGAUGUUCGUUUACAACUAUGUGGAGAUGGCUCGAGUCACAGGUGUUCCCAUUUCGUUUCUACUAUCCAGGGGGCAGAGCAUUAAGGUUCUUUCUCAGCUUCUACGGAAAGCAAAACAGAAGAAUCUUGUUAUUCCAAAUGCCAAACAUGCUGGAUCCGAACAGGGAACUUUUGAGGGUGCAACUGUUCUGGAGGCAAGGGCGGGAUUCUACGAGAAGCCUAUUGCAACACUGGAUUUUGCAUCUCUAUACCCAUCCAUUAUGAUGGCAUAUAACCUGUGUUAUUGCACACUGGUAACUCCAGAAGAUGUCCGGAAACUUAAUCUGCCUCCAGAAUGUGUUAAUAGAACUCCAUCUGGUGAAACAUUUGUCAAAUCGAAUUUACAGAAGGGAAUACUUCCAGAAAUUCUUGAAGAACUUUUGGCUGCUCGUAGAAGGGCUAAAGCAGAUUUGAAGGAAGCAAAGGAUCCUCUUGAGAAAGCCGUUUUAGAUGGUCGUCAACUGGCUUUGAAGAUAAGUGCAAAUUCUGUAUACGGGUUUACAGGAGCUACAGUUGGUCAAUUACCUUGUUUAGAGAUAUCUUCAAGUGUUACCAGCUACGGUCGACAGAUGAUUGAGCACACGAAAAAACUUGUGGAAGAUAAAUUCACCAUUCUUGGAGGCUAUGAGCACAAUGCUGAGAUCAUAUAUGGAGAUACAGAUUCAGUUAUGGUGCAGUUUGGUGUGUCCUCAGUGGAAGAAGCCAUGAACUUGGGAAGAGAAGCUGCUGGCUACAUUAGUGGUACAUUCAUCAAGCCAAUCAAACUUGAGUUUGAGAAGGUUUACUAUCCAUAUCUAUUGAUUAGUAAGAAGAGGUAUGCUGGUCUCUACUGGACAAACCCAAACAAAUUUGACAAAAUGGACACCAAAGGGAUUGAAACAGUUCGAAGGGAUAACUGUUUGCUGGUCAAGAACCUGGUAAAUGAAUGCCUUCACAAAAUACUCAUAGACAGAGAUAUUCCUGGUGCUGUUCAGUAUGUCAAAAACACCAUCUCAGAUCUUCUUAUGAAUCGCAUGGAUUUAUCUCUUUUAGUUAUUACUAAGGGUCUUACAAAAACUGGAGAUGAUUAUGAAGUUAAAGCAGCACAUGUUGAGCUUGCGGAACGGAUGCGCAAGCGAGACGCUGCUACCGCUCCAAAUGUCGGGGAUCGAGUACCUUAUGUCAUUAUUAAAGCUGCGAAAGGUGCCAAGGCUUAUGAAAAAUCAGAGGAUCCCAUUUAUGUGUUAGAACACAACAUACCUAUAGACCCUCACUAUUACCUCGAAAAUCAAAUUAGCAAGCCACUUCUAAGGAUCUUUGAACCCAUCUUGAAGAAUGCUAGUAAAGAGCUUCUCCAGGGGAGUCACACAAGAUCCAUUUCUAUCUCUACUCCUUCAAACAGUGGCAUAAUGAGAUUCGCUAAAAAACAACUAACUUGCAUCGGAUGCAAAGCUUUAAUCAGCAAUUCUGAUCAUACUCUCUGCCCGCACUGCAAAGGAAGAGAGGCUGAACUUUAUUGCAAGUCUGUAGCUAAUGUUGCUGAGUUGGAGCAGCUCUUUGGGAGGCUAUGGACACAAUGCCAGGAGUGCCAAGUCUCUCUUCACCAGGAUGUGUUGUGCACUAGUCGAGAUUGCCCAAUAUUUUAUCGAAGGAAAAAAGCACAGAAAGACAUGGCUGAAGCCAAGCUUCAAUUGGAUCGAUGGAACUUCUGA